CCAUUUCUAAGUUAAAAUAGCGUCGAGGCGAAAGUUUUGCAGGUCGAAAACACAAUGUUUAUAAAUCAAGACAGAAACAACAAUUUGCAAAAACUGAUUAAUGACUACGAAGUUCAGGAAAGUUUUCCCGUAGCCAAUGUUCAUCCCUUGGAGGCCCCCAAUUGCUCGGAUUAUGUGGUGGCACACGUGUCUUCAACUGCCGAGGCGUCAAAAGAGCCUCCAAAGGCCAUUCGGGACUUUAGCGAGGUGUCAUUUCUACCCUAUAUAUUGGAGACGAUGCAGAGAAUGGGUUUUAAUAAUUUGCUACGCCUGCAAAGCUAUGCCUGGCCGCAUUUGAAUCAAGGAUCCGGUCAUGGAGCCAUCAUAGUGAGUGCACCACGUAGUGGUCGCUCCUUAUGCUAUAUACCACCCAUGUGUCAGACAAUUGGCGAAGUAUUGAAGGCUAAACGACAUGCAAGACUGAUGACAUUGCAGAACGAAGUGAAUUAUCAAGGAGCCGUGGCUUUGGUUAUUGUUUCAGAUUUGAAACGCGCUCAGCAGAUUGCCUAUAUAUGCCAUCGAUUUCUACGCAAGUCCAAGAACGAAGAAUGGUUAACACUUACACUGACGGUGCCAUCAAAUCCCAAAUCUAGCGAUUUCUAUCAUCGUUUGCUCAAUGGUGCUGGAUGCCUGGUGGCUACAAUAUCUCAGUUUAAUUGGCUCUGCGAACAGGAUGCUAGUCGAAUGCAAUUUCCUGAUUUACGUUUUGUGGUCUACGAUGAUAUUGAUCUUAUGGAUAUGAAGCAAUUGGAGCAAGGACAUCAUUAUGUUAAAACAUUAAUCAAGAGUCUUCAAAUCGCUCCACAAUUAGUGAUUAUAAGUCAAACAUUUCGAAAAUAUUAUCUUAACAAAUUAAUGAAUGACUUUUCAUGUGAAAGAUCUUUAGUGAUUUUUGGUGAUCUUUUGGAAGCAGCUUUUUAUGGUGGCACCUCGAUGCGUUUAUCUUUGGUUAAACAGGAAUCAAAGCUAGAACAAGUUGUCAAAAUCCUGCAGCAACGUCCUCCUCAAACAUUUCGCACUUUUAUUUAUUGUCAGGAUGAUGGGGAAAUAAUAGAGUUAUUAAAAGCUCUUUGGACGAUAUAUAACUAUGAAUGUUUCGCAUUUUAUCAAGAUGAUGGCUUGGAUAAGCAAAUGGAGGUGAAAAAAUGGUUAUUAAAUAGUCAGGGAUUAAUAUUCGUUAGCACCGACAAUUGUCCCGAACUGGAUAUACGUAAUAUUGAGACAUUAAUACAUUAUAGCAUGAGCACAUCGUGGAGUAAAUUUAAAAUGCGUUAUUUGUGUUUAUCCCAUGGAAUAAUGAAACGAUUAUCACAGGAAACACUACCAGAGGACACUAAGACACUGCUUUCUCUUACCUUAUUGGAUGAUCAAAGUGAUCGACAAUUGCCACGUUUGGUGGAUUUUCUGGAAAUGCACCAAGAGGUUGAUCAAAAUCUUAAACAAAUUGUGCGUAGCAUACGAGAUGAGUUUAAUUUGGGCAAAGCCAAUGAACCAGCCUUGUGCCCUUUGCUAUUAACACAUGGUGAAUGCCGGGAUACCAUGUGCAAUGAACGUCACCUGUUAAAUGAAGCCGAUCGACUGCCAUUGGAUUCACCCUUGGUGGAGGGUGUCAAUCUAAAGGUGCAACUUAUUAAGGUAUAUUCACCCUCUCACCUUUGUGUCCGUCUUCUGGAGUAUUUGCCCAUGCAAAAAUCUUGGCAAAAGUUUCCACUCAAUUCCACACUUGAUCUACGUUUACAAUUGCUUCAGGCCAAUAAGGAUAAAGCACGCUAUUGGCCACCACGUUCACGUGAUAUCUGUGUAUAUCUUUCACCACAAACAAACAGUUUCGAAAGGGUACAAAUCCUUCGUGUGCCGGAAAUCAAACAUAUAAAUAUCUAUCGCUCCGAUUUGAAAAUCGAGGUACAAGCUAUAGAUGUAGACACAAGACGUUUCUCAACGCGAUGUGGUCAACUUUAUGAAUGUCCUGAUGAGCUGAAAACAGAGCCAUCCAUGUCUGUGGAUUUGCGUCUAUUGGGUGUAGUACCCUCAUCCGGGGAAUUAAGCUGGCAUCCAGAUGAUGAAGCCGUUGUCCGAGAAGUAAAAUCCUGGUUAACUAAUCCAGCAUCUGGUGAAACAUUUUUCCUACAAGCUAAUAUUAAAUUUGCCAUGACCCAUACGAUCUUCAUCAAUGAUUUGGUCGUUAUGACCUAUGCACCGACAUUUAAGAAGCAUGUUCGUCAUUUACGUUUAGUUUCCGAACUCCAAAAGAUGUGUGUGGAGAAGAGUGAAACUGCCAUCAAUAAGAUAUUGGGAUUUUUCAAGGAUCACAUUAGGCAGGACAGACACGAGGCGGUGUUGGAUAAACCAAUUAUUGAAGAGGAACCAAUUACUGAAGAGAAACCAGUUGAAGAAGAAGAGAUAUUAGUCGUUGAAGAACAACUUACCCCAGCUAAAACUGAAUGUCAUUCUCAGCCCUCGAGCAGAUUUAACAAUUUCUUCAAUUUAGCUUUUGAGAUUUCAAAAAAAAAGAAACUACAAGAAGAUGGGAAUCAAAAAGUUGCUGAAGUUCCCAAUUCUACAACUCCAGUGGAUAGUAUUGGGGAUCUUGUGAAAUGCAUGAUGAAUUGUGCCGCUGCUGCUGCUACUGAUGAUUCAGAAACCAUGGCCGAUCAGGAAAAGUUCUUUGAGUAUUUGCUACCCAAAGAGAGUAAAACGACUCCCUUAAAAACGAGAAAAAGUAAAAACCAAUCAACCAAAUUGUCAAACAAAUCCGCUAAAAGCAGCAUGUGUCUACCUAAAAAUGUUGUACAACCUGAAGUAAUGUACUAUCAAACAGUACGAACUUUGGAACUUCAAGUUACAUUGCCCGAAGAGAAUGUAUCGUAUACUGUAUACUUAUCAAAUUUAUCAGUGAUCAUUUUCCUAGCUCAAACUACCACAACGAUCUAUCAAUUUGUUAUCAAUACAUUCUGUCCCUAUCAGAGUCUAACACAUCAUAUGAAAGGACGCAGCGUUUAUGUUAAAGUUUUGAAAACUUUGGCCCGCUCAUAUCCAUUGGAAUUCAGUCAUUAUACAUUUAUGAAACCGAAUCAUGAUCAGUUUCAUUUCACUGAAAAUUAUCGCAAACAAUAUGCUCAGCAUGUCGAGAAUUAUAUUUUCAAAAUGGGCUAUGCAUGGAAUGCAAACUUUACCAAAUUAUACAAGGACGAUGAAAGUGAGGAAAAGGAUUCGGAGAAUGAUCUGGAUGACGAUCUAACCGAGAGGGCCAAUAAUGGUUUCGAAUGUGAUUGAUGGAAAGUAAAGUAUACACCAAAAAUUGAUCCUAGUUUGCAACACUUUUUUUUCAUUUUAAUGUGUAACUG